AUGUCCUCUUGGAAGCUCGGCGUGAAGAAGCCCUCAAAAGACUCGAAGGAGAACGGCCACAGUUCUCGUUCGGUCACUCCUCAGCCCUCUCGCUCGGUCACCCCCAAGCCCAUGGAUACUGCAGAGAGCAACUUCCGCUCGGGUACCCUCACCAUCCGGAUCUUCUCUGGGCGCGGCCUCUCUCUCCCCAGUGGUGUCGCAGUCCCCGAUGUCAUCCAGAAAGCCUUGGACACCGCACCGGCACGCCGGUCGACGAGCAAUCGUGACAGCAUGGCCCGCAAGUCAUACCAACACUGGUGGCUACCCUACCUCGUCCUCGAGUUUGACAAGACAGAAGUUCUCAUUGAGGCGACGGGCGGAGACCUCUCCAAGCCGGAGUGGAAUCAUCGAGCUGACUUCGACGUAUCACGCACGUCCAACAUCUCCCUCUCUGCGUAUCUGCGGACCGCGCAAUGCGUGAAGAGCGACCAAGACAUGGGCAACGAUGUCCUCAUGGCGCGCGUGGACCUCACGCCCGUUUUGGAUGGUCAACAUGUCUCCGACCAAUGGUACAACGCGACUGCGGGUUCGGGCGCGUUCCAUCUCAAGAUCGACUUCAAGUCAAAGCAGCACGAGGGGCUCACGAUCGAGCAGUUCGAUCUCCUGAAGGUGAUCGGCAAAGGCUCGUUCGGGAAGGUUAUGCAGGUCCGCAAGAAGGACACGCACCGAAUCUACGCGCUCAAGACCAUCCGCAAGGCGAACAUUGCAUCGCGCCCUGGUGAAAUCACGCAUAUCUUGGCGGAGCGCACGGUCCUCGCACUCGUGAAUAACCCAUUCAUUGUGCCACUCAAGUUCUCAUUCCAGACGCCCGACAAACUUUACCUGGUCAUGUCAUUUGUGAACGGCGGAGAGCUCUUCUACCACUUACAGCGCGAGGGCAAGUUCGACGAGGGGCGGAGUCGUUUCUACGCGGCCGAGCUACUGUGUGCUCUUGAACACUUGCACGGGUUCAACGUCGUCUACCGCGACCUGAAGCCCGAGAACAUUCUUCUUGAUUACACAGGGCAUAUCGCGCUUUGCGACUUCGGGCUUUGUAAGCUCAACAUGUCCGAGACCGAGAAGACCAACACCUUCUGUGGAACGCCGGAAUACAUCGCACCGGAGCUCUUGAUGAACCAAGGAUACACUAAAACGGUAGAUUGGUGGACCCUCGGUGUACUUCUGUACGAGAUGAUGACUGGUCUUCCACCGUUCUACGACGAGGAUGUCAACGUGAUGUACCAGCGCAUCGUCUCGGAUCCGCUGCUCUUCCCGCAGGACAUGCCACACGAUGCGAUGACUCUUAUCACGGGCCUUCUCCAACGCGACCCUGCGAAGCGUCUCGGAUCUAACGGCGCUGAAGAGAUCAAGCGGCACCCCUUCUUCUCGAAGCACGUUGACUGGCACCGGCUAAUGGCGAAGAAGAUUCAACCUCCCUUCAAGCCCACUGUCGAAUCCGUGCUGGACACUGGAAAUUUCGACGCCGAGUUUACCGGGGAGAAGCCGCAAGACUCUCACGUCGACGACACGCCCUUGUCCGAGACGGUGCAGGACCAGUUCCGUGGUUUCACCUACAACCCUGGCAACGAACACCUCAGCGAGAGCGUCAGCUACCCCUCGGUCAUGGGAUAG